AUGGUCGUAGCAACAUUAUUUAUCAGUUUUUUAACCACUACUUUUUUUAUUCAACCGAUUGUUCCAUUCUACAUUCCCGGUGUUGCUCCACUUGAUUUUAGAAAAGGCGAAAAUGUUGAAGUUAAAGCUGUUAAAAUGACUAGUACAAAAACUCAAUUACCAUAUGAUUAUUACGAUGUAGCUGCUCAUUGUAAACCGUUAAACGGUACAAUAUAUAAAUCAGAGAAUCUUGGUGAAAUUCUUCGUGGUGAUCGUAUUGUUAAUACAAAAUUCAAAGUUGGCAUGGAUACAAAUGUUCAGUGUCGGACACUUUGUAAAGAUAUGUACUUAACACUAGAACAAAGUAAAACACUUGGAAAACGUAUUCGAAAUAAUUAUUAUGUUCAUCUUCUUAUUGAUAAUCUUCCAUGUGCAACUAAAUUUCAAAAUGUUGAUACACGUGAAAUAUUUUAUGAACAUGGUUAUCGUUUAGGAAUUUAUACAAAAGAACCUGAAGCAAUGUAUUUAAAUAAUCAUUUAAUUAUGAGAUUACAUUAUCAUCAAGAAUCUGAAGAUUUAUAUCGUGUUGUUGGUUUUGAAGUUGAACCAAAAAGUAUUGACUCAGCACGUAUUAAAGUUGAAGAUGAUGACACAUGUAUAAUUCAAGCUGGUCAAGAAAUGCAAAAAUUUAAUCCACAAGGAGAAAAUAAAGUAACAAUGACUUAUGAAGUUGAAUGGGCAUCAAGUGAAACACGUUGGGCAAGUCGUUGGGAUACAUAUUUGGCAAUGACUGAUGUUCAAAUUCAUUGGUUUUCAAUAAUAAAUUCUGUUAUUGUUGUCUUUUUUCUUGCUGGUAUACUUUCAAUGAUUAUUGUUAAAACACUUCGUCGAGAUAUUGCACGAUACAAUCAAGAAGAUACAGAUGAUGUUACUGAAGAAACUGGAUGGAAAUUAGUACAUGGUGAUGUAUUUCGACCACCACAUCGUAAGAAUGUUCUUGCAGCUCUAAUUGGUUCAGGUGUUCAACUUCUUCUCAUGUCAUUUAUUGUUAUUGUUUUUGCUGCACUUGGAAUGCUUUCACCAUCAUCACGUGGUGCAUUAAUUACUGCUGCUUGUUCAAAUUGGAAACAAACAGCAGGAUUAACUGCUACACUUUAUCCAUCAGUAGUUUGUGGUGUUUGUCUUAUUUUAAAUUUUUUUAUUUGGGGAAAACGUUCAUCAGGUGCUGUUCCAUUUUCAACAAUGCUUGCUAUAUUAACUAUGUGGUUAGGAAUUUCAUUUCCACUUGUUUGUCUUGGCUUUUAUUUUGGUUAUCGUAAACAUCCAUAUGAUCAACCAGUUCGAACGAAUCAAAUUCCAAGACAAGUGCCAGAACAACAAUGGUUUAUGCAUCCUGUUUUAAGUACUUUAAUUGCUGGUGUACUUCCAUUCGGAGCUAUGUUUAUUGAAUUAUUUUUUAUUUUUUCGGCUAUUUGGGAAAAUCAAUAUUAUUAUUUAUUUGGUUUUCUUUUUCUUGUAUUUAUUAUAAUAAUUAUUUCUUGUUCACAAAUCUCGAUUGUUAUAACUUAUUUUCAAUUAUGUGGAGAAGAUUAUCAUUGGUGGUGGCGAUCAUUUGUUGCAUCAGGAGGUUCAGCAUUUUAUGUAUUUGGUUAUUCAAUCUUUUAUUUAUUUUCCAAACUUGAUAUAACUGAAUUUGUUCCAUUAAUGCUUUAUUUUGGUUAUACAUUAUUGAUCUGUUUUACAUUUUGGAUUCUUACUGGUACAAUCGGUUUUAUUGCAUCAUACAUCUUUGUUAGGAAAAUUUAUGCUGCUGUUAAAAUUGAUUAA